AUGGAGAAAUGGAAUCAAACUUCAAAUGAUUUCAUUUUGUUGGGGUUGUUUCCCCCAAAUGGAACUGGCUUGAUUCUCUUACUCCUUAUCAGCUUCAUAUUCCUUCUUGCCUCACUGGGAAAUUCAACUAUGAUUCACCUCAUACGCAUGGAUCCCCGGCUACACACUCCAAUGUACAUUCUCCUCAGCCAGCUCUCCCUCAUGGACCUGAUGUACAUCUCCACCACUGUCCCCAAGAUGAUGUUCAACUUCUUCUCAGGUCAGAAAGGCAUCUCCUUCCUGGGAUGUUGGUUCCAGUGCUUCUUCUUUCUGACUAUGGCAGGUUCUGAAGGUUUACUCCUUUGCUCCAUGGCCUAUGACCGAUAUGUGGCCAUCUGCCACCCCCUUCAUUAUCCCAUCCGCAUGAGUAAAAGGAUGUGUGUGAAAAUGAUCAUAGGAUCUUGGAUCCUGGGGUCCACCAACUCUUUAGCACACACAGUCUAUGCCCUCCAUAUUCCUUACUGCCGGUCCAGAGUCAUUGAUCACUUCUUCUGCGAUGUCCCAGCCAUGUUGCCUCUGGCUUGCAUGGACACCUGGGUCUAUGAAUACUUGGUUUUUGUGAGCACAAGCCUCUUUCUCCUUGUCCCUUUCCUUGGAAUCACAGCCUCCUAUGGUCGGGUGCUUUUUGUUGUCUACCACAUGCGCUCCAAAGAGGGAAGAAAGAAGGCCUUCACCACCUGUUCCACACAUUUAACUGUGGUGACAUUUUACUAUGCACCUUUUGUCUAUACCUAUCUCAGGCCUAGGAAUCUCCGUUCCCCAGCAGAAGAUAAGAACAUGGCUGUUUUCUACACUAUUUUAACCCCCAUGCUCAAUCCCAUAAUCUAUAGUCUGAGAAAUAAGGAAGUUCUGGGAGCCAUGACAAGAGUUUUUCCAAUAUUCUCCUCCAAAAAGAAAUAA